CGAGGCCCGAUUGGGAGAAAACACAUGAGCAGUGUAUCUUUGGACAUUUGUCUAAUCAUCCUGAUGUCUGCCUUGAUAUUGAUCUUGCAGCUAGCAAUCCCUCGCCAAGAGCUCCCAAGCCGGUUGCCUGACUUGUGCUGAGUCUGUCACAUAAUCCUGGAUUCUCUCGUCUCAUCUUGGCAAUUGAAAGCGUCUCAUCUUGGGAGUUAAAAGCGUCUCGUCACUUGCAGUCGAAUGUAUUUCAGUCUUCAACAGUACAACAACAGAAGCCAGGUGGCUGAUUCGCGCGACCUAGCGAACAUUCUCGAGCCCUCACAGUCUAAGAUGACAUUGGACACCGAUACUAUGAGCAUGGAGGAUCUCGCGAGUGUCGUAGCUCGCGAGAACGUCAUAGGUCACUCCCAGAACACCUUUGAUCUUCUUGCAAGAUCCCCGAAAGGGUACAUGAGCAAUUUUCGCCUCGUUCUCGCAAUGAUGCAGGUCCUUUACGAUCAAGGCCACUAUCGACACUUGCAGACUUUGAUAGUCGGACUGACUGGAUCAGAAGAAUGGUCGACGAAGGAGAACCAAAUCGCCACGCUCUUAAAAUACGUUACCCUGGACUCGACCUAUGCCGACGCCUCAAAUGAAUUCACAAAGGCGAGACUCGUUCAGGACGUCCAACAAGCUCUUCAUGAAGUUGAAUACAGUGUCGCAAAGCUUGAAGAUGUGAAUUUGACAAGUUGGUCCAUUCCGGGACGUUGCUGAUGAAUGACCAGAUUUUGCAAUCAGUGUUACUCUUGCGACUGAGCUACCCUCAGCACAAAGUCUGGGAACGGUGCGGUGUCAAUGAAGACUUAGGCGUGCUCGGCGGCAUCAAACUCACUUUUCUGAUCAAAUAUCUCCUGGACCAGGGUUAUUACUGGGAAGCAGAGCAUAUUCUCCCGAUCUUCUUCCGGGAGUACAAGACCGAAUCGAA